UUUAACGAAAGGAAACACUUGAUUCGGCCAUCGCACGUUUUCAAAUGAAGGGGCUUGCAAUUUCAAACAAAGGGGCUUGCAAUUUCAAAUAGCCGUUCUCCCCAAGGUCGGGACCCAGAAAACCAUGAUCUCCUCAACAAGUGUCACCACCAUCAAACUCUCUCGUUACUUCUCUUCUUUUUCUUCUGCUUCUUCUUCUAUUCAAAAUCUACUCAAAAGAGGAUUCACUCCUACUCUGAAAUCCAUAAAUCAAUACCUUCUCUUUCUUGUAAAAAUCCACAAAUUCACUUUAGUUCCUCACUUUUUAUCUCAACUGAACCAGAAUCAAAUCGAAGGCAAUUAUCAAACUCACUCGCUUUUCCUUUUGGCUCUUCUCAAACUUAAGAAUUUUGAAGAAGCUGAACAUUUCAUUAAGACCCAUAGGGCAAAAUCUUCAAGUUCUUCAAAAGGUCAUAAAUUUUUGGAUUCUCUGAUUCAAGCCAUUUCCACUGAUGAAAAGGAUCCGAACAAGGCAUUACUAGUACUGCACGAUUGCUUGAGGAAUUAUGGUAUGUUGCCUUCUUCGUUUACCUUUUGUUCUGUGAUACAUAGUUUUGUUUUACAGGGAAAUAUGAGUGGAGCAAUUCAAGUGUUGGAGUUGAUGAAUGAUGAAAAAAUAAAUUACCCUUUUUGUAAUUUUGUUUGUAGUUCAAUCGUUUCUGGAUUUUGUAAGAUGGGGAAGCCAGAACUUGCCAUGGGCUUUUUCGAGAAUUCUCUUAAGUUAGGAGCUUUAAAACCUAAUUUGGUUACUUAUACUGCGGUUGUUAGUUCACUUUGUAUGCUUGGUAGAGCUGAUGAGGUUUUUGAUUUAGUUUGUGAGAUGGAGGAGGAAGGAUUGGCAUUUGAUGUUGUAUUCUAUAGUUGUUGGAUUUGUGGGUAUUUUAGGAAUGGGGUUUUCAUAGAAGCAAUUCGUAAGCAUAAGGAAAUGGUGAAAAAGGGAAUAAGUUCUGAUACAAUUGGCUAUACUAUACUUAUAGAUGGGUUUUCAAAGGAAGGGAGUGUUGAAAAGUCAGUGGGGUUUCUGCACCAUAUGUUAGCAAAUGGCUCAGAACCUAAUUUGGUGACAUAUACUGCAAUCAUAUUAGGAUUCUGUAGGAAAGGGAAAAUUGAUGAGGCAUUUGCAAUAUUCAAGCUGGUUGAAAAUUUAGGAAUUAAAUUGGAUGAGUUCAUAUAUGCAAUCUUGGUUGAUGGGUUCUGUUUGAAGGGUGAUUUUGAUCGUGCUUAUCAACUGAUUGAGGAAAUGGAGAAGAAGGGAAUUACUCCAACCAUAGUCGCUUACAAUAUUUUGAUCAAUAGUUUGUGUAAGGCUGGGAGGACAUUUGACGCAGAUGAAGUGUCAAAAGCUUUACAAGGAGAUAAGAUCACUUACAGUGCAUUGUUACAUGGGUACAUCAAGGAAGAGAACAGUAUUGGAAUUUUAGAAGUUAGACAAAGAUUAGAAGAAGCCAGAAUUCAAAUGGAUAUUAUUAUGUUUAACAUAAUUCUCAAAGCACUUUUCGUGGUGGGCGCAUUUGAAGACGUGCUUGUGCUUUACAAUGGAAUGCAAGAAAUGAAUUUGGUUGCAAAUUCAAUUACUUACUGUACAAUCAUUGGUGGUUUUUGUAAAGUAGGUCGAAUUGAUGAGGCACUUGAGAUAUUUGACGAAUUUAGACAUGGAUUGGGUUCUUCAGUUGCAUGCUACAAUUGUAUGAUUAAUGGCUUGUGCAAGAACGGUAUGGUGGAUAUGGCUGCUGAGAUAUUUGUUGAACUGAUUGAGAAGGGGCUGACUUUGGAUAUAGGCAUAUGUAUGACAUUGAUAAAGGCAAUUGUUAAGGAAAAAAGUGCAGAUGGAGUUUUGGAUUUAAUCUACAGAAUCCAGAAUAUAGGAUCGGACAAAUAUGAUUCUACUGUAUGGAAUUAUGCUAUGAGUUUAUUAUCAAAGAGAAAAUUUUCCAUGGCUGCUAGUGAAGUUUACAUGGUGGCAAGGAGGAACAAGUUAGUCUUAACCAGCAAGUCUUACUAUUUGAUCAUAAAAGGGCUUAUUGGUGAUGGAAAGUUUUGGCUAACUCGGCCCAUUUUGAGUAGCUUUAUGAAAGAAUAUGGCCUUAUUGAACCCAAGGUAAGUAAAAUACUACUGCAUUACCUGUGUUUGAAGGAUGUGAAAAGUGCCCUGUAUUUUUUCAACAAGAUGAAGGAGGACAAUGCAUUUGUUACUUUUCCAGUCAGUGCUUUAAAAUCACUUACAAAAAAUGGUAGAGUUUUGGAUGCAUAUCAACUUGUAGUGGGAGCUAAAGAUGAUCUACCGUGUAUGGACGUAGUUGUUUUUUCUAUUAUGGUUGAUGGCCUCUGCAAGGGAGGGCAUCCAAUUAAAGCCUUAAAUCUCUGUGCUUUGGCUGAGAAGAAGGGGAUUACCCUUAACCUAAUAACUUACAAUUCAGUUAUAAGUGGAUUGUGCAACCAGGGAUGUCUUAUGGAAGCAUUUCGGCUAUUUGAUUCAUUUGAAAAACUCAAGUUAAUUCCCUCAGAAAUCACUUAUUCAACACUGAUUGACAAUUUAUGCAAGGAAGGGUAUCUUCUGGAUGCCAAACAAUUAUUUGAGAGCAUGGUCCUGAAAGGCUUUAAAUGGAAUAUACGUAUUUAUAACUCAUUCAUUAAUGGAUAUUGCAAAUUUGGUCAAUUUGAAGAGGCCUUGAAGAUUCUAAAAAUUAUUGAAACAGAGUGUCUUGAUCUUGAUGAAUUUAGCGUAAGUUAUCUGAUUAAUGGUUAUUGUCUAAAGGGGGACAUGGAGGGGGCCCUAAGGUUUUUUUUGGAGUAUAAGCAGAAAGGUAUUUCUCCUGAUUUCUUGGGUUUCUUGUACUUGAUUAGAGGUCUUUGUGGCAAAGGGAGGAUGGAAGAGGCCAGGAACAUCUUAAGAGAAAUGCUUCAAUCACAGUCCGUGAUGGAGCUGCUGAACAAAGUCAAUACUGAGGUUGAAACAGAAUCUAUAGAAAGUUUUCUUCUCUUCUUAUGUGAGAAAGGAAGUAUCAAAGAAGCAGUUGCUGUACUUAAUGAAAUUGGAUCCUUGUUUUUUCCAGUACAGAAGUGGUCUAGUCCUAGUGAAUCACAAUCCCUUCAGAGCGCUAAUUUGAGCUUGGCUUCUUGUGAUGCUACAGAAGUAGAUGAAGUUGUUGAGACAUCUGAUGAUUUAGGGGAAAGUAAAUUUAACUGCUUUGCCUCCUACUAUUCUGUAAUUGCUUCACUUUGCUCAAAAGGGGAGUUAGGGGAGGCCAAUAGAUUUGCAAAGGAGAAACUUGCUAGUUGGGAAGGAAUUAGUUAACAGAAUGACAGUGCUGUUGGCUCGUACCCAACUUGGAGCUUCCUAUUUCUUAUCUGUAGGAAGAGAACCCAACAUCGUCCAUUUGCGAGUAUGUUAUAACUCACAUCGACACCUUGUUUCUUUGGUCUUUGUGCAGGAGCUUUCACAAAGAUGACAAGUGAAGUUUAUUUGACCCAAGGAUAAGUUAAAGAAGUCAUUGAUCUUCAUAAGAAAAAGAUACUGAAGCUCUCCCCGCUAAAUGGCAAGGUUCCCAUCCUUCCAGUUGUGCCAAAAGAAAAUGAGUUUGAUUCCCACCAAGUUGGUGACUGAAGACUGGACUAGUUGAAACAAGUAAAGUCCCUUCGUGCCUGCAUCAAAAAAUUCAGUGGAGGGGAGGUCUGAACUUUGCAAGGCCGCUCAUCUUCAGUCCAGGACUGAUAGGCAGAACUACAGAGGGUUUGCUUCAUGGCACAGCAAGGCAGAGCCUUUAACUGCAUUGCAGUUUAUUUAUUUAUUCAGUUCAACCAGUAAUGAAUAAGGAUUCCGACUUACUGCAACAACAAUAUGGUUCUUCAGGAUUCCAGUGUAUCUUUUGCAGAUCAAAGUGACAUGUUUUCGUGUUGCAUCAAACUCCCUGCUGUGAGUUGUACAAAUGUGAGCCGGAAAGUUAGCUAAUAUAACCAUAAGAUUUUGUUGCCGCAGUUACUUCAUGCUGAAUUGAUUUGAUUUAAAAAAAUCGGGAAUGAUUCCCUUGGUUAAAUUUCAGGAAUAAAGUCCAAUUUAGCCACUAA